CGCUCACUCAGUCCUUGCGGUGGGAGCUUUCUGACCCGCGGAACCCUCAGAGUCUGGCAGAAAUGUCGAAUGCAAAGGAAAGAAAACAUGCUAAGAAAAUGAGGAACCAGCCCACUAAUGUGACUUUAGCCUCUGGCUUUAGGGCUGACAGAGGUGGUAAGCACCAUUUUGGAGAGGGGAGACCUUUUCAAUCUCAAAAACAAGAACUUCAUUCUGGAUCCUCGCAGCAGUGGCAAAACAAGACGAGCCCCCACUUGCUCCCUGAGUCUGAUGGGAAUGAGCAAUCUUCCUCCAAAAUAAUGUUUAAGAAAAAGGGGGGCUGGAAAGCGGGUCCCGAGGGCACGUCCCAGGAGAUCCCCAAAUACAUAACCGCCUCUACUUUUGCUCAAGCACGCGCUGCUGAAAUCAGCGCUAUGUUAAAAGCUGUGGCCCAGAAGUCAUCGAAUUCGCUGGUUUUCCAGACUCUUCCACGGCACAUGCGGCGAAGAGCCAUGAGCCACAAUGUCAAACGCCUUCCUAGACGGUUGCAGGAGUUGGCCAAAAAAGAGGCAGAGAAAGCUGCUCAUCAGAAAAAAGAACUUUCAAAAAAUAAAUGCCACAAAGCCCGAAGAUGUCACAUAAACCGGACGCUGGAAUUUAACCGUAGACAGAAGAAGAACAUAUGGUUGGAGACUCACAUCUGGCAUGCCAAACGCUUUCACAUGGUGAAGAGGUGGGGCUACUGUCUCGGAGAGAGGCCCACGUCCAAGAGCCACCGGGCCAGCUACCGCGCCAUGACGAACCUCUGCCUCCUACAGGACUUAUCGUAUUACUGUUGUUUGGAGUUGAAGGGCAAAGAGGAGGAAAUACUGAGGGCGCUUUCUCAGAUGUGUAGCACAGACACAGGACUGACUUUCGCUGCAGUUCACUGCUUGUCUGGAAAGCGACAAGGGAGUCUCGUGCUUUACCGGGCAAAUAAGUAUCCCAGAGAAACGCUUGGGCCUGUCACGUUUAUUUGGAAGCCUAAGAAGACCCCAGAGGAUACGUCUGAGGAUAGGCAGUUGUGGAUCUGGCUUCAUCCGACUCUUAAGCUGGCUGUCCUGGAGGAAAUGAAAACAGUGUGCCAGUGCUCAGAACCCGUCAGCUCAAGUGUCUCCGUUCCUGACCCACUCCCGACACCAGACCGAGAGGAAACUCAGCCUGAAGUGGAUGGUGAAAACAUUGGCAAGAAAAGGAAAAGGAAAGACGAUGCAGAGAGCGCUGAACGGACCAAGAGAACGCUUGGGGAUGGGACUAGAGACCCGUGCCAGCCGCGCUCGUGGGUCUGUCUUCCUACAGGGGUCGUCAUCAGUGAUCUGACGAUGGAGAUGAACAGGUUCCGGCUGAUCGGCCCUCUUUCCCACUGCAUCCUGACCUCGGCGCUGAGGGCUGCUCCUCUACACACAGGGGAAGAGGAUGCAGAGGAGACACCCCAUCACUGGUGGAGUGGCGCUUGCAAGAGCUCCGAUGGUGUUGUCCUUCAUCAAAGACAAGAAGCCGUGUUUCAGUUGCUGGGAGGAGUCUCCUCACCAGCGGAAAUUCCUGCAGGUACUAUUCUGGGAUUGACAGUGAGGGAUCCGAGAACAAAUUUGCCCCCACAGCGGUCCAGAGCUUUGCCGCAUCCAGAAAGACACCAAGAUAAUGAGCAAGUUAGACAGCUGCUUCUGGAGGGCGUGCCUGUGGAGUGUGCCCACAGCUUCAUCUGGAGCCGUGAUAUCUGUAGGAGUGUCACAGAGAAUAAAAUCUUGGAUCAGGAUUUAAAUCGGAUGAGAAGUGAAUUGCUGGUGCCAGGGUCACAGCUUGUUUUAGGGCCUCAUGAAUCCAAGAUACCUAUUCUUCUGAUCCAACAGCCAGGAAAAGUGACUGGCGAAGACCGGCUGGGCUGGGGAAGUGGCUGGGAUGUCCUCCUUCCCAAGGGUUGGGGCAUGGCUUUUUGGAUUCCAUUUAUCUACCGAGGUGCAAGAGUUGGGGGGUUGAAAGAGGCAACAGUGCAUUCUCAGUAUCGAAGAUCACCUAACAUCCCAGGUGACUUCCCAGACUGCCUUGCUGGGGUUCUGUUUGCAGAAGAGCAAGCUAAGGAUCUUCUAGAAAGCUACAAAAGACGCCCUCCUGCCAAAAGGCCCAACUAUGUUAAGCUUGGCACCUUGGCACCUUUCUGCUGUCCCUGGGAGCAGCUGACUCAGGACUGGGAAUCCAGGGCUCAGGCCCGAGAGGCAUCUCCUAUAGACAACCCAGGACGACUCUCAGUGCCCUGUGUCCCUGAAGAGAUCUGCCAGGCUAAUGAGGCAGACAUACCUGAAAACCACCUCACAAAGCCAGAAGUCACAGGCUGUCAAGCACAGGCAGGGACCGAGAUGGUCUUAGAGCACGGUGCCGGUGAGAGCCACACCUCCGCCGCUAGCCAGCUCUGUGUUCUGCGGAGUAGGAAAUUACUGAAGCAACUCUCUGCUUGGUGUGGGCCCAGUUCUGAGGCCAGGCGGGCUCCCUGCAGCAGCCAGCGAGAACUGACCAGAAAGGCCUACUUGUCCAUUCUGGAUGAUUUCCCCAGAGCCCUGGUGUGGGUCAGCCUGUCUUUGCUCAGGAAGGGCAGCCCCGAGCCUCGCGCCAUGAUCUGUGUCCCGUCCAAGGAGGACCUGCUCCAGCUCAGUCAGGAUCCAUGUUACCAUGGACCCCUGGAAUCCAGACACAGCGACCCAUUCAAAAGCCUGAUUCUGAAAGAGAAAGAAAAGAAGAAAAUGGAGAAGAGGCAGAGCCAAGAGCACACUGCCUCGUCGGGCCUGGCAGCCGGGGCGCCCACAGCUGAGCAGGAAGCUCUGAUACGGGGACUUUGGUCAGGCCCUCUCUCAGGACUGACGUCACACUGCUCCAGAGUCCUCCUGGGCUUCGUCACACAGGGGGAUUUCUCUAUGGCCGUUGGCUGUGGAGAAGCCUUAGGGUUUGUUAGUGUGACUGGCUUGCUGGAUAUGCUGUCCAGCCAGCCGGCAGCCACAAGGGGCAUGGUGCUCCUGCGACCACCUGGCUCUCUGCAGUAUCGGUUUGCAAGAAUUGCCAUUGAGGUGUGAAUUCCGGUUAGCAGCCUGGCUGGACAUAGAUUGCUACUGUUUUUGUUGACUCCCAUGGGAGUCUUGGCUGCUUUUGUCAUCUGUUACAAUGUGCAGUUUGG